GACGAUAAAUCCCAAGUUCGCUUUUCCCCUCUCAGCUCCACUCCUCUUUAGGCUUCCAGCCAACCGUUUUCUGGGAGCAGGGUAGAGGAUGAGGGUCUUCCUCUGCAACUGCUCGGCUGCGCUCUCUCCAUCCCCAACCUCAACCCCAACCUCAAAAUCUCCUUUUCUCUGCAAUAUCAACAACAGCAAUGGUGGUUUCAAUUGGCCUCAGAAGACUCUACUUCGUGCCUUGACGGGGGCUCUCUCCAUCAGUCUCUUCAUUUCUCCUCCUUCUUCCGCUGCUUUGGAGCCUCUUUCCCUUCGAAGCCUCAGCGCUUCUGCUGCUUCGCCGUCUGAGUACUGUCGCGAUGAUGAGGGAGAAGAGAGGUCUCGUGUAGCUCCGGAAUUUUUGUCUAACGAAGGGAUUGUUGAGGAAGCUUGGGAGGUCGUCAAUGAUAGCUUCCUCGACGCUGGUAGCCAUCGAUGGUCCCCUGAAUUCUGGCUGCAAAAGAAAGAAGAUAUCUUAAGCACUUCCAUUCAGACAAGAUCAAAAGCUCAUGAUAUCAUCCGACGUAUGCUGGCUGGCUUGGGUGAUUCUUACACACGUUUUCUUUCUCCUCAAGAGUUCUCCAAGAUGUCAAAGUAUGACAUGACUGGGAUCGGCAUAAACCUUAGGGAAGUUGCAGAUGACAAUGGAGGUGUGAAACUGAAGGUGUUAGGUCUUAUAUUGGAUGGUCGCGCCCACUCAGCUGGUGUUAGACAGGGGGAUGAAAUCUUAUCUGUUAAUGGAGUUGAUGUUAAGGGGAAGUCAGCAUUUGAAGUAUCAUCCUUGUUACAAGGACCAAAUGAAACAUCUGUGGCCAUUAAGGUCAAGCAUGGGAAGUGUGGACCUAUUCAAUCCAUUGAAGUGCAGAGGCAACUAACUGCUCGAACCCCAGUUUUUUAUCGGUUGGAACAAGUUGAAAAUGGUUCAAUUUCUAUUGGUUAUAUACGCCUUAAAGAGUUCAAUGCAUUGGCUAGAAAAGAUUUGGUCAUUGCAAUGAAGCGGCUUCAGGACUUGGGUGUCUCAUAUUUCAUUUUGGAUCUCAGAGAUAAUCUCGGGGGACUAGUUCAGGCUGGAAUUGAAAUUGCAAAGCUCUUUCUGAAUAAAGGAGAGACGGUGAUUUAUACUGUUGGAAGGGAUCCUCAGUACCAAAAAGCAAUUGUUGCAGAAGCCACACCUUUGGUUACAGCUCCCCUCAUUGUUUUAGUGAACGGCAGAACUGCUAGUGCUAGUGAAAUAGUUGCUGGUGCACUUCAUGAUAACUGUAGAGCUGUUCUUGUUGGGGAGAGAACUUUUGGCAAGGGUCUGAUCCAAUCUGUAUUUGAACUUCAUGAUGGAUCUGGCAUGGUUGUCACUGUUGGGAAGUAUGUCACACCCAACCAUAUGGAUAUAAAUGGCAAUGGGAUAGAACCAGAUUUUGAGAAUUUCCCAGCUUGGAAUGAAGUUGCAAAGCAUAUCUCACAGUGCAACAUGCUGCGUCAAGGAUAAAAUUGUUUCUUGAAACUUUGCCUGUGCAAAUGGAAGUUUGUUGUGGCAUAUUGAUCUUCUUGCUUGAGGUUCUUCUGCCACAUGAAAUAAUGUAAUUGAACUUUCAGCUCAAAAACAACAAGAGUCAUGCUAUGCCUCGGAUGCAAUGGAGAUGAGAAACAUAAAGUACUCAAAAAGAAAAAUUGUGGGGGGUGGGGGUGGGAGUAUAGGACAUUGAAUGCUUGCUGGAAAAUAAUGUUUGCAUUAAGAAAGUUAGUUACUGUAAAUUUAUUCUAAGGUUGUGUUUUAUUUUCUCAAAUACAUUAUUAUUCGCUAUAAGCAUAUUUGGCUGAUUGUAAAGAACCCUCGAGCUUUAGUUAUGCGAUUCAGUGCUUACCAAAUUCUGUAGAGCGGUAAUUAAGUUAAGAGUCAUAUUUACUUAUACAAAACAAAGAAGGGUGUUAUUUGUUUA